AUGUGUUUGCGCUAUUAUUUUCCUCUCAAAACUUUAUGGAGAUCAUUUUUUGCUGCUUUAGUGGCUGCAUUUGUUUUGAGGUCCAUCAAUCCAUCUGGUAACAGCCAUCUGGUCCUUUUUUAUGUCGAGUAUCACAUACCAUCAUACAUUUUUGAGCUGUUUCCUUUUAUUCUCCUAGGGGUAUUUGGAGGGCUUUGGGGAGCCUUUUUUAUUAGGGCAAGUAUUGCCUGGUGUCAUCGACACAAGUCCACCAAAUUUGGAAAGUAUCCCAUUCUGGAAAUCAUUAUUGUUGCAGCCAUUAUGGCUGUGAUAGCCUUUCCUAAUCCAUACACCAGGGUAAACACCAGUGAACUGAUCAAAGAGUUUUUUACACACUGUUUUCCCCUGGAAUCCUCUUCUCUUUGUGACUACCGAAAUGAUAUGAAUGCCAAUAAAAUUGUCAAUGACAUUCCUGAUAAUCCAGUAGGCAUUGGAGUAUAUUCAGCAAUGCACUAAUGCCUGGCACUCCUAUUUAAAAUCAUAAUGACAGUAUGCACUUUUGGUAUCAAGCUUCCUUGUGAUGGGUUCGAACAUCGUCCUUUAGCUCGGAGAAGUUUUUUAUUACCGACCUUUUGA